UGCUGCUGGCCUGAGAGAGGGGCUUGCGUGCUGGGAUCUCACUGAAGACAACCUUGUCUGCAUAACGACGGACAACGCGUCAAAUAUGGUGAAAGCAGCACAGCUGAACGAAUGGACCAGACUCCAGUGUUUCGGACACAGAUUACAUCUUGCUAUUGAAAAUGCAAUCAAAGAUGAUAGAGUAUCCAGAGCAAUAGGGCAGUGCAGGAAGUUGAUGGGGCACUUCUCCCACAGUUGGAAGAAAAAGGCAGCGCUCACUGAGGCACAGAAGGAGCUUAAGCUUCCUGAGCACUCUCUCAUUACUGAGUGCCCUACAAGAUGGGGGUCCAAAGAGAAAAUGAUUGCCAGAGUGCUGGAACAGAUGACAGCCAUAUCAAAGGUAUUGUCAGGUGACCGACAUGCACGCCCCCUCAUCCCAACCUGGCAGGAUGCUGCCGUGUUGAAGUCCAUUCAUAAGGCACUGCAUCCUCUCUCCGAAUUUACUGAUGCUCUUUCUGGAGAGGAGUAUGUGAGCAUCUCCUACCUCAAGCCAGUUCUCCAUCUUCUGGCAACAUCAGUCUUGGCUGAAGAUGCUGAGGACACUGAUCUGACUAGAUCAAUUAAAACCAAGGUCCUGGCUUACCUCAACGACAAGUAUAGUGACCUCAUCACCCAGGAGCUUUUGGAUGUUGCGUCUUUCAUGGACCCUAGGUUCAAAACGCAAUACAUCAGCGCAGACAACCUUCCUGCCAUUAAGGCCCGACUGAAGACAGAAAUGGUGGAAUCAGCAAGACGUACACAUAAUCAGGAGAAGAGGUCUCGCACUGAAACCGCUCAAAAUUCUCCAAGUGCACAGGCCUCUGGGGGAAAGGCAAAGAAGUCUCUUGGUAGUCUUUUUAAAACCAGUGUGGCCUCUUCAGCUUUGCCUCUGCCACUUGAAGAUGUCGUGGAGGCAGAGUUGAAUAGUUACCUGUUGAGCCCUGUCAUUGACGGAGAGGAUGAUCCCUUAGCCUGGUGGAAGGUGCACAACAUUCACUUUCCACGACUGUGCAAGAUGGCCCGCAAAUAUCUAUGUGUGCCAGCCACAAGUGCCCCCUCAGAGCGUUUGUUCAGCACUGGAGGGAAUAUAGUGACUUGCACUCGCUCAUCCUUAAAGCCAGCAAAAGUUGAUAUGCUGGUCUUCCUAGCAAAAAACCUUGAGCUAUGAUGAUUAUGGCUGGCAGAGCCAUACUCAUUGUGCACUUUAGUUUGUGCUGUGUUACUGUUACUGCAGAUAAUCAAGAUGUUCAGCCAGUUUUAAUUUAAAGGUGUGUUUGUGUGUGUAUACAAUUGCUAUAUUAUGUUUGCACUUUAUGUGUAAUGUUACUGACUAGUUUUAUUUAUUUAAUAUUAUUUUUUAAUUUAAUGACUUUCUAGCAGUUCACAGAUGUCGAAAGUCGAGUGUGGUAAAGCCACAGAUUGUUUUUUAUAUAUAUAUAUAUAUAUAUUUCUGCACAUUGUACUGACUUUCAUUUUAAUGUUUACACCAGGGUUCCUUGUCAGCACUUUAUGCUCAGAUGUUACUAUACUAUGCUCAGAGAUGUUACUACUCAAAAUAUACUAUUGUGUAUGUUCAAAUAUACUGUUUUGAUUGAA